GAACAGGAAGGUGGUCGAUUACUCCCAGUUUCAGGAAUCAGAUGAUGCUGAUGAAGAUUAUGGAAGAGAUUCAGGUCCCCCAUCCAAGAAAAUCCGUUCGUCUCCGCGGGAGGCUAAAAAUAAGAGGCGAUCUGGGAAGAAUUCUCAGGAGGACAGUGAGGAUUCAGAAGAAAAAGAUGUGAAGACUAAGAAAGAUGAUUCACACUCGGCAGAUGAAGAUUUUGGCAGUGAAGAUGAUGACUUAGGAGCAGAUGAUGGCAAAGCUGACAGUGACUAUGAGAGCUCUCAAAAAAGCAAAAAAGGCAAAAAGGCUAAACCAGAAAAGAAUAAGAGAGCAGCCUCCAAAUCCAGGAAAAGGCCUGCAGAGGACAGUGAGGACGAGAAAGAAGACCACAAAAAUGUGCGUCAGCAACGACAGGCAGCAUCCAAAGCAGCUUCUAAACAACGAGAGAUGCUUAUGGAUGAUGUGGGUAGUGAGGAGGAAGAGCAAGAGGAUGAUGAGGCACAGUUCCAGGAGAAUUCAGGAAGCGAUGAAGACUUCCUAAUGGAAGAUGAUGAUGAUAGUGACUAUGGCAGUUCGAAAAAGAAAAAUAAAAAGGUCUCCAAGAAAUCCAAGCCAGAGAGGAAAGAAAAGAAAAUGCCAAAGCCCAGGCUAAAGGCUACAGUGACCCCCAGUCCAGUGAAAGGCAAAGGGAAGGCAGGCCGCCCCACAGCUUCCAAGGCAACAAAAGAAAAGACCCCAUCCCCCAAAGAAGAGGAUGAAGAGCCUGAAAGCCCCCCAGAAAAGAAAAAAUCAGCCAGCCCUCCACCAGAGAAGUCAGGGGAUGAGGGAUCUGAAGAUGAAGCACCCUCUGGUGAAGAUUAAAUGGCAGUUGAGGAAAUCUUUGUUUAAAAAAAAAAAAAGAAAAAAAAGAAAAAGGAAAAGGAAACAUACUUAGGGGUAGAACACGGUUUUGGCUGUGGCUUGACUCAUGGGCUUUGAAUGCUGUCUUUACUUUCAGCUGUUUAAUACAGUGUAUCCUUUUUUAAUAAGAGGAAACCCUUAUACAGUAAUAUUUUGAAGUCAAUGUUCUCUGUUGGCCAUUCCGUUCUCCCUCCCCCACCAAAUCUGAAAGCCAUUUGAGACAAAUUAACAGACCAUUUAAAUAUAUAUUUUUUUCAAGGGAUACUGCAGUUGUGAAGCAAUAAGGUUUGAGACUGAUACGUGGAAACCAUAUUUACAAAUCGUUAAGUAGAAUAGAUUUCCCAGUGCUGGUAAGAGUUCUUUAAAACUAUUAUUCUGUAUUUGAAUAUGUGG